GCAGUCACUUGUCUGGUAAUGUGCCUGCUCGCAGUCUGUGGCUGGCAGCGGCUGGAGGGGGAAGCGGAGGAGCGAUGCGGUCUGUCUGCAGAUAGCGGGCACUGCACCAUCGCCAGCAGGAAACCCUCUGGACCAGAUACCGAUUGUGUUUUGUUAACCUUUUUAAAACCUUCUUCAAAAUGGGGAAUGGACUUUCAGAACAGACGCCUAUCCUCUCGGGCAUAUCACCAUUUCAAGCCUUGCACAUUGCGAUCUUGGGUUUGGACUGUGCCGGGAAGACCACUGUAUUAUACAGGUUACAGUUCAAUGAGUUUGUCAAUACCGUCCCCACCAAAGGAUUUAACGCCGAGAAGAUCAAAGUGUCCCUGGGCAACUCUAAAACUGUGACGUUUCACUUUUGGGACGUGGGGGGUCAGGAGAAGCUGAGGCCCCUCUGGAAGUCGUACACUAGGUGCACGGAUGGGAUUGUCUUUGUGGUGGACUCUGUUGAUGUAGAGCGGAUGGAGGAGGCCAAAACGGAACUGCAUAAAAUCUCUAAGACCUCUGAGAACCAAGGAGUCCCCGUCCUGAUCGUUGCCAACAAGCAGGAUCUCCGGAACUCUUUAUCUUUGUCGGAAAUCGAAAAGUUGUUAGCGUUAAAUGAACUCAGCUCUUCCACACCGUGGCACCUUCAGCCCACGUGCGCCAUCAUUGGUGAUGGACUACGGGAAGGUAUAGAGAAGCUCUACGAAAUGAUCGUUAAACGGAAAAAGAUGCUCAGGCAGCAGAAGAAGAAAAGAUGAACCUUUUUUGAGGUCUUUGCUGAAUGACAAAUGCGAAGGCCAAGCCCCGUCAAAACCUUGGCGUUGCCGGGUUUGAGUUGGAUGCCUGGGCCGCCUGGUGUUAAGUUCCAUUCCAUCUUUAUUUAAAGCUGCGCAGAGCUUAUUCCUUGGGAGUUCUGCGAAUCGAGCAACAAGUUGUAGUGUGUCUGAGUUUUGUAACACCAGGAGAUCGUGGCGUCAACGACUUCGUCGCCGUCUAGUCGUUGAGCGUGGGUAACUAAAUGUUCACAGGGUGUUGGAAGCAGGAUGGUGCCUUCUACGAGAUGGAAAAACUUGUCGCGGGCAUAGAUAUGCCGUUUGCUUGGGGAAAACUGGGCAUUUGAAGUUGCGUGCCCCCAAUCUUUACCUCCCUUCCAUUUUAUCCAACUGAAAUUACAAGAGCUGUGACUAUAUUGGCAACUAUGGAUGGCUGUCCCGUUCAAUACAGAUCUUCAUUUUAAGUCAUCUGGAACUAUACAUGCAGUGCAUGAUGGAUUCUGAUCUUUUCCUUUUGUGUGUUUGUUUUUUCGUUUUUGUUUUUUUUAAUACAUUUUUGUUAGUGACAUCACUGAAAAUGCUGUGCAUUAUCCAGUAUCGUAUACCUCCAUUACAUAUGGACUUUUUAAGGUUCUAAAACAUUUAAUUUCAUGAAAUCUGUUUUAAAACUCUAUAGUCUGGUACAAGAGCACAACUUUUGGUAGGUCUUGUUUAGUAACAGGAACAAUGUAUGAUAACCCGUACCGGGACAGGGUCCUCCAGCUCCAUGAGCAAAGGAUCCAGAACUGCCCCCUCCCCCACUGUUAAUACAUGCCAUAGAAUGGGUGUACCACCAUGCAUCCAUUCGUUGCCCUUUCGCCCCUUGUCCUGGCAUUGAUUAUAAUCUAUGAAAAACCAAUUGGAAGUAAGGGGGAGCGGUGAGAAGUGCUAAUGAGUUACUGUG